CAACCAUGAGUACUUAUACGUAGCUUACGUGCUUAAAAACCAAACCAAACAAAAAAAGAAAGAAAAAAACAAAUUUUUCUUCAUUAUCAGAAAUUCUCAGUCAUGUUGCUACAGAAAAUUCCAAAUUAUGGUCGCCAUCAACUAAACAGGCUUUGCCACUUCCGUAGCCGUGCAGUGAGCAGUUUUAGAUUGAAUUUUAGACAAAAUUCUCAAGUACAAAAUCCGCUCACUAAGAGCACAAGAACAACCACCUGUCGUCUUCGCCUCCUAGUUCCUCAACAGUACAGUCAGCCAUUCAUUAAUUACAGUUCCAGUGCUAAUCUUGCCCAGCCUAAAGCAAUGGCCAGCAAAACUUCUCAUUUUGUGCUUCCCAAUACGCAGCCGAUUGCGGAUCUCGAUUGUAAGAAUGCAUUUGAGAAUUUAACCGAUAAGGAGAAGCUAUAUGCCCACUAUUUUAGUAAGGCAUGUUGGGAUGGGGGCCUGAUAGCACUUAUCCAGUCCAGCCCCGAAGGACCAUUGAUCUUUUCUUUAUUGCAUCGGAUAUUUGUGGCAGAGAAAACUGAUGAACUGAAGGUUAAAGCUUUGGCGGCUGGAGUGACCGAUGAUGAAUUCACGAGUUUUCUCGUUUAUGCUUGUGGAGUGUUUGCUAAUGCCGGUAAUUACAAGGGCAUGGGUGAUAGUAAGAUAGUGCCUAACCUAACCGAGGAGAAGUUUGAGGCAGUUGUUCGCUCCUCAAAAGCCUAUGGAACCGAGCCACAUGUGGCAAAGAUCUAUGAGAAAGUCAAAAGUCUGAUUUAUGCACUCGAAUCACGUAACGAGAUUCUGGGUUUUGCGCCAGAUGGCAUUACCACCUACUGGUCGGAUAAUUGUACCAAGAAAGACUCUGAAAUUGUAAAUGCGUGGCUGACAUCGAAACGCAUAGAACCGUACAUGUGUCGUACAUUCAAGGUGGUGGAGAAUGGCGAAACUAUUUACGAUAUCAAACUGGGUUCCGUGGCUGCAUCUACUAAGGACGGUAUUACAUUGCCCUUGGAGAAGUACGAGGGCAAUAAUUUUAGGGUCACACGAGGUGAUUAUCACAAAUUGUUGCAGCGUGUCAAUCAUAAUUUGUUGGAAGCCAAGAAAUAUGCUGCCAAUGACAACGAGGCCAAGAUGAUAGAGCAUUACAUCAAAUCGUUUGAGGAGGGUUCUUUGGAUGAGCACAAGGAUGGUUCCAGAUGGUGGAUCAAGGAUAAGGGACCUGUUAUUGAAACUUAUAUUGGUUUCAUUGAAACAUAUCGUGAUCCUGCCGGUGGAAGGGCCGAGUUCGAGGGCUUUGUCGCGAUGGUUAAUAAGGAGAGUUCUGCUAAGUUUACAGAGUUGGUCAAUCGUGCAGAAAAGCUGUUGGAAUAUCUGCCUUGGACUGAACCAUAUGAAAAGGAUUCUUACCUGAAGCCCGAUUUCACAUCUUUGGAUGUACUGACAUUUGCUGGAAGUGGUGUUCCUGCUGGCAUCAACAUACCCAAUUAUGAUGAAAUCCGUCAAGAUGAAGGUUUCAAAAACGUUUCAUUGGGCAAUGUGUUGGCUAACAUUAACCGAAAAGACCCCAUUCCAUUCCUGUCCGAAGAAGAUCAGACGCUUUUAAAAGAGUACAAAGUCAAGGCCUUCGAAGUGCAAGUGGGUCUGCACGAGCUUUUAGGUCAUGGAAGUGGCAAAUUAUUCCGUAUCGACGAAAAGGGCACAUACAAUUUUGAUAAGGAGAACACUAAGGAUUUGAUCACAGGAGAACUAAUUAGCAAAUGGUACUUGCCUGGCGAAACCUAUGAUACGAAAUUUGGUGCCCUUGGUUCAUCAUAUGAGGAAUGUCGGGCCGAAGCUGUUGGCCUUUAUUUGUCACUGCAGCGGGAUAUCUUAGAGAUAUUCGGCUUCAAGGAUUCCGUUGAACAGGACAACAUCAUCUACAUCAAUUGGCUUAGUUUAAUCUGGAAUGGCAUGGGUGUAGCUUUGGAAAUGUACAACCCAAAAUCAAAGUUAUGGAUGCAGGCCCAUUCUCGUGCCCGUUUUGUUAUCAUGAAAGUUUUACUUGAAGCAGGCGAGGGUUUGGUCACCGUACAGGAGACAGAAGAUGGCAAAAACUUGCUUCUCACUGUAGAUCGUUCUAAAAUUGAAACUGUUGGCAAAAAGGCUCUGGGAGAGUUCUUGACCAAGCUCCAGGUGUACAAGUCCACCGCUGACAUAGAAGCAGCCACAAAAAUGUACGAACACUUUUCGGAAGUGAACGAGUCAGGGUCUCAUCCUUGGGCCAAAUGGCGGGACAUUUGCCUUGCACAUAAGAAACCCCGAAUGAUUCUUGUUCAGGCCAAUACUGUGGUUAAUAACGACAACAAGGUCCAAUUGAAGACGUACGAACCCACUCAUGAGGGUUACAUUCAAUCGUGGGUGGAUCGUUUUCCCAACACCGAUAUUGAUAAUGUCCUUGAGGAUAUUGUUGAGAACGAUAAGAAAUACUUCCCUAUUGCAUUUUCUAAUUAAACAGCUUUAAAUUGUUGCUAUUGGCAUAUAAUUUAGUAAAAGAUACAAAUGUCUGAAAAUUAAAGUCGAGUCAUUGUAUGACUUCAAUUUUGAAAAAUUGUA